GAAGACUCGUGUCAGCGAGGGAUCAUUUACAGUAUUUCAAGUCAGAAACAUUUCAAAGGGUGAAGAUCUUCAUUUUACACAAAUCUAAAUAAGGUGCUUUGUAGACAUUGAUUAGAAAAUACAGAACGAAAAGGGAGCCUUAUACUACUUUCGCUAAAAUAAUCUGCAAAAUGAGUUCUGAUGAGGAGAAGGGUGAUUCCCAUAGCUUUAUGAGAGCGUCCGACAGGUACCCACGAACACCAAAAUGUGCCAGAUGUCGGAACCACGGAGUGGUGUCUGCACUGAAAGGACACAAGAGGUACUGUCGUUGGAGAGACUGUGUAUGUGCAAAAUGCACUCUUAUAGCUGAAAGACAGAGGGUGAUGGCAGCUCAAGUUGCUUUAAGAAGACAACAGGCCCAGGAGGAAAAUGAGGCUAGGGAAUUGGGGAUGCUAUAUGGACCCAGCGGACUGCUCCAUCUUAAUCCUGAGACUAUAAAUAUGUUUCCAGAAGCCAAGAAAAUUAUCGAAAAAAGUAAAGACGAAGACGAGCCAGCUGCUAAAAGGCAAAAAUUAGAUUCCCUGAGAACCGAAUCUCCUGUUUCCCGCUGUUCUUCUGAAGAUGUUAACGAACGGACACACUCUCCAGUAGAAUCAACAGGGUCCCCUGUUCCAUCACCAAAAAUUGCAGAUUCCCCCUCACCCAACGAGGACAAAUCAGAAUCAUUUUCUAAGUCUCCCUACGAAGAGGGACUUCUUCCUGGCGGUUCCAAGAAGAACCCUAUAGACAUGCUACAAAGAAUUUUUCCACACAUGAAACGAAGUGUUCUUCAGUUGAUUCUUCAAGGAUGCAACGGUGACGUAGUACAAACAAUAGAACAGGUCCUAAGUAAUCAUGGAACUGACCAAUCAGCGACAUCUUCUUCCUCAUCAUCUAGUUCAUUUUUGCCUCAUCCAGGCUUAGUUUCUACCAUGACAAAUUCAUCCUUUAGAUCUGCAUUUUCUCCAAUCUCUACCCUUGCCAAUGCACAUACAUUAAAUUCGAUGAGGUACGCUUGGGGAGGGAUGGGAGGAAGAGGACUUCUUGCGAUGCCUUACCCUCCCGUUUUACCUGGGUUAACACUUGGUGCUGCCUAUUCCAAUUAUAGUAGUUUAAAUUCCUCCUCCAAUGCUUCCAAGCCUUUUCAUUAUGCCAUGUGUCCUUGCUGUACAACAAAACCAUUCUCCUCGUCAAACUCCGAGAAAUCAAGCUGCAUCGCAGAAUAAAAGAAAGACAUCAAGUGUAUCCAUGCUAUAGUGACUGCAUUUAAUGUAUAAAUAACAUUACUCUUUGAUGCAUCAAGUAUUGACAUAGUGAUGUAAAAAAAAUGUUUGUUUUGUUGGAAUUUUUCUUAGUAUUUGUGCUUGUAUUUUUGUUGUCUGAGAAAGAUACAACAUUUAAAUUU